AUGAAGUCUUGGCACCUCCCUCUGGGUCCUGAACCCUCAGGAGUCAUGAUGCUGUUGCUGACCUUGGCUCUUCUUGCCGGUCCUACCUGCAGAGCCCAGAAUGUCCUGGGGAAUAAGGACGGUGACUAUUUCUACGUUCGAGGAGAAGACCAGGGGGAACUCAAGGGCGUGCGGAUCUUCCUAAGUCUUUUAAAGUUCAUCAAAGGCAUGCAGCUGCAGUUUGGCAAUUACUGGAGUGAAGUCUAUGGAUCCCGGUCACCAAAGUAUAGAGAGUUCCUUCUGCAGGACGGAGAGCUCGUGAUAAAGGUGGACGGCACUGCAAAGCUCUGCCUGACUUCCCUGAGCUUCACUACAAACAAGGGGCAUGUGGCCACCUUUGGUGUUAGGAGGGGCAAUUCCUUCAAUGACAGUGGAGGUGCAGACAAGUAUCUAGUGACUAUCAAUGGUGUGUAUGCACCAGGCCUCUGUAUCAGAGGGAUGGGCUUCAAAUGGGGAAACAUCCAUGAUGACAACCAUGGCCAUGAUGACAAUGAGGAAAGAGAUGGUGAUGACAAAGGUGAUGAUGAUGAUGAGCAGCCUAGAGGUGUAAAGGAGGACAGUGACCAGGACAAUGAAGAUGAUGAAGAUGAUGAU